GUGACACUAAGAAGAGGGACGAGCUGCGAAACGUUGAUUCCGAGUGACAUUUUCUACAGAACUGCACACAACAGACAAAUCACUAUGAAAGGAUUCUGCUUUUUGAUAGCAGUGUGUCUUCUAGCUAUCGUGGAAGGUGUUCAAAAUUGCCCUAUCAUAUGUUUCGUUCAUCCAUGUCAAAUUGCUCGCUGCCCAAUGUUUCCAUAUGCCACUUGCGUGCAAAGAUGUCCUUGCCGUGCUGAAUUUUAUAUUUAUGGGCGUGAUGUGACGAGUUUGUGCAAUUACGGUCCUUUUUGGAAAAAUUAUUAUGAACGUGUUAAUGCGAAGAAGAAGUGCAUAAUUUACAAUUGUUUCAUGGAUCCCUGCCGUGGAAAGACAUGUCCGAAAUUUCCAAACGCUGAAUGCAGGUCCAAUUAUUGUAAUGGAUGUAAUUUCGACUUCUUCGUGGCUGACGUGAAAGUAAAUUGCUGAUGCUACUUCUAUGAACAAACAAGACAAAUAAAAGUAGCUAAAAAGUUCA